UGUGACUUGGGUACCUACCAGAUGCCAGUUAUGGACGAAGAAAUUAACUGGGAAACCAUGAGGACCUGGGGAUUUAUUAGGUUUCAUAUUUUUAAGGACUAGUAAAAUUUCCUCGUUAGAAGGAAUAGCUAGAAUUCUAUCAUUGUCUGAAACGGAGACAACAACAUUAAUAUCAGAGAAUAUAGGGUACAUUUGUACAAUUUGGAAUGAAAGCAGAUCAAUACCAACAGUAAUGGUUUAGUAGCAUCUUCAGGGAUUUGAUAUGGGUUCUGAUGGAGAUGAUGUGAAGGAUUUAACAACGGAAAAUGAAAUUGCAGAUGAUGACUUGGAAACUCAAAGACUUGAUAGUGAAUCUUCAUUGGAACUCAGUGAUUUUAAUGAGCUUGAAUUCCAAUCCACGGAACUAUUUAAUGGUACGAGUACGGCUCCAGUUGAAAUUGAGACACAGGUAUGGGUGGAUGAUGAGACUCAGGUGGUCGUAGAAGAUUGCGAUAACGAUGAUGAGAAUGGGACUAUGACACAGUUAGUGGUAGAUGAUACCGAGGUACAGAAUUAUAGUGAUGGUGAUGAUGGAGGAUUGUCAGAUAGAACUGAUAUACUGACUGAGGCUGGAGAAUCUGGCUGUGAGUCCGAAAGAGGAGUUGGAUUAGGAGAUGAUGAUGCUGUUUAUUUCAAUGAUUCAACCAGUGAAUGCCGCAAUUCAGGGCAAAAUGUUUCCACUGCAAUACCGCUGAGCAACGGCACCAAAGAGCCAGAUUGUGGGCUUGUACCAAGUAUUGAUGGAACCAAUGCCAACCGAGCUUCAAUUCUGAAUGGCAGUGAACCCACCUCAUCAGCGGCAAGUGAUGAGGAUGGUGAAAUGGCUGGUAUAGAUGAUCCAUCUUCGUUUGAGGAGGAAAGAAUAGAUGUUGAUAGGGAUUAUGAAGGUGAGAACAUGAAGUUGAAGGAUGAUAUAAGAAAUAGGGAUGCAGUGAGAAAGCUUUUUGCUGAUGAAACACCAUAUAAAAACAGUGGAGCAACAAAUCAUUGUGACAGUACCCAUGGAGAAAGAGAUUAUCCACAGUUGGAUGAUGGUCACAAGUUGGCGGAUUUAAGCUAUCUGAACUCCCAAGAACCCGGGGAGCUAUCACAAGCUAAUGCGUUGGACGUUGUGGACAAGUUUCUUUUAAUUAAUAAUGUGGAUUGUUCUCAAGAAGAUAAAGUUUACCUUGAAAAAAUGGUUAAAGAGAAAUCACCUAUUGUCCCAAGUGCAAAGGGCCCUCGGAUUCUGGCACAUAGAAGCAAUACUAAAAGUCCAGUUGGCGGAGUAGGUACCCUUGACUGGGAUGCUAGCCGUGAGGAUGAAGGAGGGGGUGAGUUCUUUAGUAAGAACAAGGAUGUGUUGUUCCCAAGCUGUGGACGUGGACGCGGACGAGGACGCAAAUCCUUUACACAACCUAGGAUCCCCAGGAGUCUCAAAUUCGGACAGGGAAAGAGCAUGGAUGAUAAGGAACAAGAUUUAAACCUCCAUCAGAAAAUAAUGGGAACAGUUCAUUCAGAUUCAAGGCUAUUGUUGCAAAAGUUGAGAGCAGAUGAUAAGAAUCUACCCCAAAUAAAAGCUAGAAAGAAUCUCUUCCAGGAAUUCGAUGAACAGAUGAAUCUAGAGUCUGCAGAGCAGCAACUAGAAGAAACUAAUAUUGUCAAAGACUCUCGGGGGAUGUAUGAUGUUGGCAUUGACACUCAAAGGGCUGCAGAAGCUAUGGAAGCCUUGGUUUGUGGGUUUCCAAACAGCCAUGCUACUGCCGAUGCUAUUCAAGUUUUACCAAAUUCGGGAGAUGUGAUGGGCAUUACAUCUUACCAAGACCAUGCAUCCACGCGGAAGAGGCUUUCUUCAUCUAAUGUAGAAGGUCUUUUUAAGCAAUCCAAGAGAACAAAGACACAUGAUACCAAAUUAAGUACUGAAAUUCUAACUUCGUCUCGAAUGGGUUCUAAGACUCUUGGGGAGGACUUGAGACAGGAUUUCACAGCAACACCAAAACAAAAGAGGGGCAGGCCGAUAUCCAUCGAAAAACCAAAUACUGGAAUUUCAGUUCCUAUUUCAUCUCGAUUACGUUCUAAGGGAACUAAACUGGAGGCUUUUAGUGGGAGUUCAGCAAUUAAACCAAAACAAAAAAGGGGUAGGCCAAAGUCUGGUGUAAGCUCAAGUACUGGGAAUGCUGCUGCUCUAUGUGAAACCUCUAGCAGGAGAUUGUCAAAAGUGGUUGCUCAGGGAAAAGCAGUGGGAGUAGUUGACAAAUCUAAUUCCAAUGAGGUAGAUAAACACACUAAGUCCCCCCUCAGCGGAAUGAGUUCAUCUACUACACGGCAGUUACUGAAUAAGAAUCCAAGUCCCGUCGCCCGUCGUACCAGGCAAUGUCGAACAAUAGAUGCACUUAUGAAGCCAGAGAACUUACCUGGUGGUUCUGGUGAAAAGAAACAUGAUGAUAUGCCGGUGGCCAAUGCUGUUGAGACAGAGAAAGUAUGCAGUAAAAUGGGAACAUAUACUCUCGAGCCCUCGGUUUGUAAAGGAAGAUGCUCUGAAUCAGGUCGCAACCUAAUUGAUGAUGUUAUAAAGGAUAAGCCAACAACUCUGCAUGAGCCGCUAGGCCUCGAUUUCUCACAUGAAAGGUCAGCUGAUACCUGUUCGGAAGUAAAUCGGGAGCGCAAACAUGGAGGAAGGGAAAAGAAUGUGAGCAUGUCAGGUCACUUGAAGGAAUCUGGUAACUUGGGUAGUUCGUCCACAGUAGUUGAUGGGGUGUUAGAAGUUAAUGGACCCAUCAGAAGGUCGAGUAGGUUAAGAAAUGAUAUAAGAAGCAGUGUUGUGGAGCUAGAUAUGAAUAGGAAAACACAAUCAUCUAAAUCUAUUCAUCCUUCAUCUUCUUCAGUCAAGAAUUCCAAGGGAAAUUUGGUAGAGCAAGUUGUUGAACCUCUUUGUGCUUACGCUGUUGUUAAUGGCUCUUUAUCUCUGAAUGAUAAAGCUAUUCUUAAAGAUGAUGGCAAAGCUACAGCUUCGAAGAAAUUUGAAAAGGAUGUGAGCAUGGAAGGUCACUUGAAGGAAUCUGGUAACUUGGGUAGUUCGUCCACAGUAGUUGAUGGGGUGUUAGAAGUUAAUGGACCCAUCAGAAGGUCGAGUAGGUUAAGAAAUGAUAUAAGAAGCAGUGUUGUGGAGCUAGAUAUGAAUAGGAAAACACAAUCAUCUAAAUCUAUUCAUCCUUCAUCUUCUUCAGUCAAGAAUUCCAAGGGAAAUUUGGUAGAGCAAGUUGUUGAACCUCUUUGUGCUUACGCUGUUGUUAAUGGCUCUUUAUCUCUGAAUGAUAAAGCUAUUCUUAAAGAUGAUGGCAAAGCUACAGCUUCGAAGAAAUUUGAAAAGGAUGUGAGCAUGGAAGGUCACUUGAAGGAAUCUGGUAACUUGGGUAGUUCGUCCACAGUAGUUGACGGGGCGUUAGAAGUUAAUGGACCCAUCAGAAGGUCGAGUAGGUUAAGAAAUGAUAUAAGAAGCGCUGCUGUUGAGCUAGAUAUGAAUAGGAAAACACAAUCAUCUAUAUCUGUUCAUCCUUCAUCUUCUUCAGUCAAGAAUUCCAAGGGAAAUUUGGUAGAGCAAGUUGUUGAACCUCUUUGUGCUUACGCUGCUGUUAAUGUCUCUUUAUCUGUGAAUGAUAAAGCUAUUCUUAAAGGUGACGGCAAAGCUACAGCUUCUAAGAAAUUUGAAAAGGAUGUGAGCAUGGAAGGUCACUUGAAGGAAUCUGGUAACUUGGGUAGUUCGUCCACAGUAGUUGACAGGGUGUUAGAAGUUAAUGGGCCAAUCACAAGGUCGGGUAGGUUAAGAAAUCAUAUAAGAAGCACCGCUAUUGAUCUAGAUCUGAAGAGGAAAACACAAGCAUCUGUAUCUGGUCAUCCUUCAUCUUCUUCAGUCAAGAAUUCCAAGGGUAAUUUGAUAGAGCAAGUUGUUGAACCUCUUUGUGCUGACACUGCUGUUAAUGGCUCUUUAUCUGUGAAUGAUAAAGCUCUUUUUAAAGAUGAUGGCAAAGAUGCAGCUUCAAAGAAAUUUGAAAAGAAAGGCGAUGCCAGUCCUGUAUCAACUCCUAAAGAUGUUGCAGGGGAAAAUACUGGAUUGUCAACUCCCAAAGUUAUUCCACAUGGCUUACUCUGUGUUACUCCCGAUAACUGCACCACACCUGCAAAUUUGUCUACCCCAUUAAAUGAGGCAUCACCAAUUUGUUUUGGUAAUGGCUAUCAGAAACUGUCGUGUAAAAGAAGCCUCUCGAAGCCAUCUCUCGCAAGGGAGCUUAAUGAUCUGUAUAUGGAUGCAGUACAUACUCCUUCAUCCAAAGAUUUGAGGAAAAGGAGAGACAAUGGUAGUAUACAUGUCUUAUUCAGCCGCCACUUGGGUAAUGACAUAAUUAAGCAGCAGAAAAAGAUUUUGGCACGACUUGGAGCUUCAGUUGCAUCCUCUUCUUUGGAAGCCACACACUUUGUAGCAGAUAAGUUUGUGCGUACUAGGAAUAUGCUGGAAGCGAUUGCUCUUGGUAAACCGGUGGUGACACCUUUGUGGCUUAAGAGCUGUGGACAAGUAAGCUGUUUUACUGAUGAGAGAAAUUAUAUACUUAGGGAUUUGAAGAAGGAAAAGGAGAUUGGUUUCAGUAUGCCAAUAUCUCUGACACGAGCAGGCCAAAGUCCACUAUUGAAGGGUAGAAGAGUCUUUGUUACUGCAAGUGUCAAGCCUAGUCAAGAAUUGGUUGCGAGUUUGGUUAAAGCUGUUCAUGGACAGGCUGUGGAGAGAUUAGGAAGAUCUGCCAUGAAAGAUGAUAAAGUUCUAGAUGAUCUUUUAGUUUUUUCAUGUGAAGAAGAUUAUGAAAUUUGUGUGCCUCUCCUUGAAAAAGGAAUAGCAAUUUACAGUUCAGAGCUUCUUCUGAAUGGGAUUGUUAUGCAGAAGUUGGAAUACGAGAGGCAUCGUCUUUUCAAUGAUAAUAUAAAGAGGACCCGCUCCUCUAUAUGGAUCAGAAAAGAUGGAGAAAAGUUUCUUCCUGUAACCAAGAGUAAAUAGUUUCCUUACAUUUUUCUUUUCUUGUAGCAAUUUGUUGUGCUUUCUUCUUCUAACUCCUGUUUCUCCAAUUUGUAUCUUCCUGUUACUUGCUUAGUCUGAAGCUACAUGUGUAUAUCAUAUCAUCUAUUGUAAAUGUAUUAAUAAAUGAUUUUUUUUUCCGCGAUCA